AUAUUGUUAUAUUGCAUUGCAUGCAUUUGCACCCACACAAAGCAAUAUAUUCUAUCUAGUUGUACAAUGGCAAGGCGUUACGCCUCCUUCUUCGCCCUCCUCUUCUUCGCAUGGCUCGUCCAUGCAAGUGCGAGACCCGUCCCCACCACCACCGCUGCGGCCGCCGACCAGAAGACUUUUCUACCAUGCAUACCCAAGGCCGCGGCCGACGCAGUACUGGUGCAGACCUCGACUUUCGAUGUGGCGCCGGCGCCGGGCGGUGGUGCUGGGGUUGAGGAGGGGAAGAACUUCAUAUACGGGGGCGGCGUUGGUGGGUACGCUGGGUUCGUGGGCGGCUUUCCGCUGCUGGGUGGGGUCCACUACGGCGGGAUCGGAGUCGGCGGUGCAGCCGCCGGCGGCCUUCUCCCGUGUCCUUAGUUAACGGGAGUAGCGUAGCGUAAUAAUGAUUUAAGGUUGAUUAAUGUUGUUUUAAGAUAAGUGUCAUCACCACAGUGUGCAUGCAUGUGUUUGUAACGUUGUUGUUUUAUGGUACGUACGUAGUAGCUAUAGUGCCUCGUUUGUCGAUCGAGUCGAGAGUCGUAAUUUUACUGUUUCCGUGUUUAGUACUACGUGCAUGGUCUAAUUAAUUACUGCUCUGGUGUGUACUGUACUGUACUGUGUUGUGUACUCUGGUUUUAAUUUAGAUUCUGUCCUCGCCUCGCGUUUUGAUCAAUUAGCUAGCUAGGCUGGAAUUAUUAAGUUUCUUCUGCGGCCAUGUUCAAAGCUAGCUCUUCUUCUUUAUCACAGUCAACCAACAAGGAACAAAGCUAGUCAAAGGGAGUUAAUUAAGUGGUGUGUUUUAA